AUAUACACAUUCAGAGAGAGAGAGAGAGAGAGAGAGAGAGAGAGAUUGGUAUAUAAGCUGUGUAUGCCAAAUCAAACGCGUCUUGAAUUUGAGAGAGUAAAAAAAUAAUUAGAGAGAGAGAAUUAUAGUAAGAGAAAAGCGUAAUGGCGGACUCCAGUGAUUCCGUCUCUGUCGAUAUGGAGUCCGUUCCUCUCGCCGGAAAGGAACAUAUAGUAAAAACUGGCCGCGGUUCUGUCUCUGUUGCUGUUUUCGGUGAUCAGGACAAACCAGCUCUGAUUACUUAUCCUGAUUUGGCUUUAAACUAUAUGUCCUGUUUCCAAGGAUUGUUCUUUUGUCCAGAAGCAUUUUCUCUUCUUCUCCACAACUUUUGUAUCUAUCACAUCAGUCCGCCGGGCCAUGAGCUAUUGCAGUUAGGAGCUGCCGUAGCUGGCCCUGAUGAACCCUCAUUAUCUGUUGAUGACUUAGCUGAUCAGAUUGCUGAAAUCCUCGACUAUUUUGGGCUUGGUGCAGUGAUGUGCCUGGGCGUUACAGCUGGAGCUUAUAUUCUUACCCUCUUUGCUAUAAAGUACUCACAUCGAGUUAUUGGUCUGAUUCUUGUUUCCCCUCUAUGCAAAGCUCCUUCUUGGACAGAGUGGUUAUGUAACAAGGUGAUGUCAAAUUUACUUUACAUUUGUGGUAUGUGUGGCAUAGUGAAGGAGUUAUUGCUCAUGCGCUACUUCAGCAAGGAUGUUCGUGGCAGUGUUGAUGUACCAGAAUCAGAUAUUGUCCAGUCGUGCCGAAGAUUGCUGGGUGAGAGGCAGAGCCCUAACGUGCUGCGGUUUCUUGAAGCCAUUAAUGGGAGGCCAGACAUCACCAAUGGCUUGAGGAAAUUGCAGUGUCGAUCCUUGAUAUUUGUUGGCGAAAACUCGCCUUUCCACUAUGAAGCUCUCCAUAUGACUUCAAAGCUAGAUAGGAGGUUCAGCGCCUUGGUUGAGGUUCAAGCAUGCGGGUCAAUGGUUACCGAAGAACAACCAGAUGCGAUGCUGAUACCAUUAGAAUAUUUCCUCAUGGGCUACGGCUUCUUCAGGCCAUCUCAACUCAGUGUCAGCCCAAGAAGCCCCUUGAGUCCGACUAGCAUUUCACCGGAGCUUUUCUCACCGGAAAGCAUGGGCUUGAAAUUGAAACCAAUAAAGACAAGAAUCCAGGCAGAAGUGUGAGGGUUGAAAGAAAGUCUAGGGGGGCUGGGCAUGUUAUAGCAGGCUUGUAGAUAAAGAUAAAAAAAAAGACACCAAUAGUUUAGCACAGGGCAGAGAAAUAGAAAGGAGAAAGAUACACAGGAAAGAAGGGGUCAACAUUUUUCGUUUUUUUUUUUUCCCACUUGUAAUCUGGAAGUGUUAGUUGAGAAUUAGAGAGUGAGAUCUGUGUACAUCAUUGGAUAAUUAAAUUAUUUACGAAUAAAGCAGGAAUAAAAAUAAAAGGCGGGCGAAGUAUUUCAUUA